CAACGUGUGUGUCGCAGUUCAAGCAGAUAUCCCAAGCGUACGAAGUGCUGUCGGACCCGAAGAAGAGGGAGCUGUAUGACAAAGGAGGCGAGCAGGCUAUCAAAGAGGGUGGCUCUGGUGGCGGAUUCGGGUCGCCCAUGGACAUAUUCGAUAUGUUCUUUGGCGGCGGUGGGAGGAUGCAGAGAGAGAGACGAGGCAAAAACGUGGUCCAUCAGUUGUCCGUGAGUCUAGAGGACAUGUACAAUGGUGCAACAAGGAAGCUGGCGUUGCAGAAGAACGUUAUCUGUGACAAAUGUGAAGGUCGUGGCGGCAAGAAGGGUGCCGUAGAGUGCUGUCCUAACUGCAGAGGAACAGGCAUGCAGAUCAGAAUUCACCAGAUUGGGCCAGGAAUGGUGCAGCAGAUCCAGUCUGUGUGCAUGGAGUGCCAGGGGCACGGGGAGCGCAUCAGCCCCAAGGACCGCUGCAAGAGCUGCACGGGCAGAAAAAUCAUUAGGGAGAAGAAGAUACUAGAAGUUCACAUUGACAAAG